GUCAUCAAUGACUGUUACAGCUGUGAAGGAAGGCUAAAUGAAAACACUCACACGCGCGUUUCCCCUGAGGAGGUGAGACUUCUUCGCUGAUCCAUUGAAACCUUAAUUGCUCGGACCUCACGGACUCUGUCUCUCUCUCUCUCUUUUCCUCGCACACACACACACACGCGCACACACCUGAGAGGAGGGCAGCUUCAUGAGUGCGUGCACGGCGUCGCAUAUUUUCCCGCUCACCUAGGCUAUUUACAGCGUGCCACUUUGGCCCCCACGUGGCCCCUCCCUUACCGGACAGGAUCGAUAAAUGGGUUAACUGUCACCGGGAGUAGUCCGGAUAAACACACCGGGAGAUCCCUUCCCACCCCUCCGCCGCUCGUCCGCUCUGCGCUGUAUCAUUCUCCCCUCUGCGUGGUGCUGAUUCGACAGAGUAGACUGGUUUUAAAUCGUGAUUGUCGAAUUUAUAAGAAGCAACCAUCUUCUCCAUCAUCAUCACCAUCAUCAUCAUCAUCAGCCGCAGCAGUACCGGUUCUUAGACCCAGACCCGUGGGCGGCUGGGUGGUGUCUGUCUGGGAGAGCUGAUAGGACGAAGAUUUGGCACUCUACCUACCAACUGCUCCAUCUCAACAGCACCCCAAAUUCUGAAGACAUGGCGAUGACAAGUGGCGCGUAGACUACGGGAGAGGGGUCCAUUCAUGUGGAUCUGGGCUUUAGCUAAAACGGACAAAAUUUCCCACCACCAUCACCGUCUUCCUCCUUCUCCUCCUCCUCCUCCUCCUCCUCCUCCUACUCCUCCUCCUCCUCCUCCUCAUCUAACCAGUUGAUAUUUUUUGAAAUAACUAUCUGGAAAGUGGGGAGCACAUGACACACGGGUGAAUUCCCGAGGCAGGUCCCACUCACAGACUGAAUGAGUCCAUCUCUGGCUGUUGGACGGACUCCUCAAGAGCACAGGACGGAUGCAAACGGACUAAACACAUCUUGGCAACUGAAAACACCUUCUGUCUCUCUGCCAACGGUGCUCUAACCGAACGGACUGACUGUCACACCGGAGGACCGGUCGUUUCACGGGCAGGGAGAAGAUGCCAUUCCACCAUGUGCGGGCGGGCCUGCUCUAUCCAGACAACUACCUGAGCAGCUCCCUGACGGAGGGCAGCGAAGCCUUCCAGCUCACCAGCAUCUCCACAGAGGAGCUGGGAGAGAUCCGUGAAGCGUUUCGCGUUUUGGAUCGUGAUGGAAAUGGUUUCAUCUCCAAACAGGAGCUGGGCAUGGCCAUGCGCUCCCUGGGUUACAUGCCCAGCGAAGUGGAGCUGGCCAUCAUCAUGCAGAGACUGGACAUGGAUGGGGACGGCCAGGUGGACUUUGAGGAGUUCAUGACGAUACUGGGGCCCAAGCUGCUGUCGACGGAGAACAGGGAAGGAUUCCUGGGCAACACCAUAGACAACAUCUUCUGGCAGUUCGACAUGCAGCAGCUGUCUCUGGAUGAACUGAAGCAGGUGCUGUUCCACGCCUUCCGGGACCACCUGACGAUGAAGGACAUAGAGAACAUCAUCAUCACUGAGGAGGAGAGCCUCAAUGAAACCUCAGGGAACUGCCCUGAGUACGAGGGAGUUCAUCCUAAGAAGAAGAACCGGCAGACGUGCGUCAGAAAAAGCCUGAUCUGCGCCUUCGCCAUGGCUUUCAUCAUCAGUGUCAUGCUCAUCGCAGCCAAUCAGAUGCUGCGGAACGGCAUGGAGUAACCAAUUGCACUGUGAGCAUGGGGAGUGGACAGAACAGCCAUGACCUCACAUCUUGUCUUUGCAGCCAAAGCUGGACCAGCCACAACCCAAGCACUUCUCUAAACAAUCAGUUGAGUUUCUUUUUUUUUGUUGUUGUUGUUGAUUGUUUUGUCUAAUUUGAACAAUGGACGAUGUAAGAGAAAUGAAGAGAUAUGUUUUUGUUUUGCAUUGAAGAUGUCACCAUGUAGAGUUACUGGACUUACUGGUCAUGGGGAACCUGAACUGCAAAAGAAUUCUGUUUUUAUAUGAAUCACUGGAAUAAAUGGAGGGUUUUUAUUUCGCAGUUUUUGAGACCGAGACCACCCUUUAAACUUGAUUUUCUAAUUACCGAAAAUGUUUAUCAGGUGCUUUGAGCCAUUCCUAAUUUCAAAAACAAACAAUAGUUAUAAUGAGGACUGCAUAUUUACCCUCCAGGAGUUACGCUGAAUGUGAGCUGAGUGAAUGUGGGCGCUGAAUGUUGGGCACAGUAUUUAAAUGCAUCGUCAGAUUCCUCACAUCUUACGUCGCCAUGUAUGGGCAUCGCACUUUUUGUGAAACAUUUACGUCCUUCGCUCAGUACACUAGUCUGGGAACACAUUGAAUCUUUAUGUGUAUCCACAAAAAGCACAACUCAAUACUCAGUGAGGGACCAUUUAAGAAUCAUCCCGGUCCCGCUGUCACCACAUACUUACUGAUUGAUUGCCUGAACAUUCAUGUGGUGUGUUGUCGAUAAACACAAUGUAAACUCAGGCUGUCUGAGAGGGGUAAAAUAUACAAAGGAGAAAGAUCUCAAAUGAAAUAUCUGUGAAGCUAUAAAAAAUCACACAGUAACAGGACCAGACUGAAGCUUUUUCUUUUCUUUUUUUUUUUUUGUCAUGUGCUGGAAAAAAAGAUUUCAGCUCAAUAUCUUAUUGUUAUGCUGCCCAACAGCUGUGGUAAAUGCACACAAAUGCAUGCCAGUAUAUACACUGCCAUACCAAACAUUUCUCUGACUCCCACGUCCCUGUGGAUUUCACUGUAUAUAUAGUAUUACUUAGCUUGUGUAAUGUAUUAUUCCUCUCAAUGGGUGAAUGUAUGAAGAAACAGAAACUAGUGAGCUAUAUCAGGGAUAUACAGUAGAGCUGUGACACUGUUGGUACAGAUGUUGUCUUGAAAAAGGUUGCGGUCUGCUGGUUGAAACGAGAACUGCAGCUUGAACGGCCAGGCUUGUUCAGGAAGAAGAAGAAACGCCACUGCUGUGAAUGCGCUUCGAUUGUUUGUUGUGUCAGUGAAGGCAAGGUCAGCUGGGUCUGCGCUGGUGACCGUUCAUUAAUAUUCUUUCCACGAACCCAAAGUAUGCUGUUGCACCAGUUGCUCAGGACUGGAUCGAAGACCGAAGGUGACUGCUUCUGAUAGUUUCUGGGGUCAGAGCCAUAUUUUAUGGCCCAGACAUAAUCGCUCUACAGUUUUACUGAGAUGAAAAAAGUUCGGGAGAGACCUUGAAGGUGUUUGCCAUCACGCUCCCUUUCUUUUAUAAUGGAGCCGACCGAGGUUGAACAUCUCAAUGACGCCGCAGAAUAAAUGGGGAAUGUGUUUUAUGGGGGUCUUGAUCUGGACAAUAGAGUAAUGUCAUUGUUUAUCUAUGACAUUAUAUUGUAUCGUGUUUUGCUAUUUCCUCAAAUUCUGUUGGAUCACAGGGCAAUCGACGAGUUUUGAUAAACACAUUAAAGGAAUUACACAGCUCGAGCAAGAAUUGUUUCUAUUAUUUUACAUGUGAAAUGGAUAGAUAUUGUAUUAAUAUUGCCCAGCCCUAUGUAGAUACUGAGUUCCACGUUGGCGUUCAUUACUGUCAAUAGCAACAUAUAGGAUGUUGAUUCCUAAAUAGCAUUUUAGGAGUCUGGUUUGUUCCCAUUAAGACCUUUUAAUCAAACCAAAAUGCGCAAACAUGGGAGAUUAUUGUCAAGGUUAGACAAGAACUAAAGAAGGCGAGAGGGCUUUCUUUUAAAAUAAACAAAUAGCUUUGUAAGUUGAAGUAUCACAGCAAAAAUGUAUAAUACUGUAAAUCAGUAUGCAUGUUGUUGUUUAGGUUUCCAUGUCUUUAAAAGACAGGGAAUCCAGUUACUCUUUCGUUGUGGUGGCACAGCCUUGGUUUAAAUGUAGGUAUCUAUGUACUUCUGUCACAUAUUUGACUUUCCAAUUUAUACUGUAAUAGCCAUUUUUUCUAGUUUCUACCAGCGAUUAAUCAAAUCAGAGUGCAGACGAGGGCAUUUUCAUAAAUAUGCAAAUACAAGGUCACAUCCUCCUCAUCUCUGUUUCACAUCAUUUAGAGUAGAGUCUGUAGGCCUCACCGUGGAUGCUUACACAGAAGCCAGAUACAUUGUGUGUUUUAGUCAUACUGGGUUUUAAUAGGAUGUUCUCACCACCUCAUUGUCCUGUAUAAACUACCGUUUUACCGUGUGCUACACUUUCCCUCGUAAGUUCGUCUUUGAUAUCCUCAACACACCAACAUUUGACCAAUGGACCGUGUCUUCAACUUUGUCUGUUAGCACCAUGGCCCUUUUGAAACCAGCAUAGACCACUUUAUCUUAACAAUUUUCCGGGUGAGUGUGUCAUUCAGACAUCCUUGCAUGGCUAUGUAAGGGAAACUUGUUUGAGAUACCUUUUUGAAGUUUACAUUACUAUACUGUACAUCUGUAACAGGACAGGAUCGGUUCAUGAUUUUCACGUUCUUGGAGGUUGCUUUUGAGAUUUGUUUUUACCAAAAUAUGUUUUUACCAGUUGUAGAUUGUAUAAAGACAAAACUAAACACAGAUAUGUAAUACAACCUUGGCAUGCUGCUUAAAAACGGAGGAAGAAAACAGCAAUAGUUACCAACUGAAUGGAUAUUUAAAAAUGCAAAUAACACAUUUAAUCUGUUUAAUCUAAAAUGAAUAUAUCCAUAUAUGUUUAUGCAAUAAAACCUGGUUUUGAUA